AUGACAUCAUUAACUUCCGCUAAACUAUGCUUCCUGCCUUAUUGCCUUGUCAUCUUCUUGUAUGUUUCAUCACCAAAUUGGGUUGCUUUUCCUUCUGCUACUUCCACUUCUCAUACUGAAGCAAAGGCUCUUCUCAAAUGGAAAGCCAGCUUAUUUCCGAAUCAAGCCCUCAAUAACCUCUCCUGGUACGACCCUCCCACUCAUAAUAUUAAUGCCACCAAUUCUUCCAGCACCAAUCCAAAACUAAGAACAAGCCCAUGCACUUGGACUGGUGUUUCAUGCAACGCAGCUGGAGGUGUCAGCAAGCUAAACCUUUCCACUUGUGGUAUUCAAGGUACGCUACAUGAGUUUUCAUUCUUGUCCUUCCCUAAUCUUGAAUGUCUUGACCUCAGCCUCAACAAACUCUUUGAUGCCAUCCCACCUCAAAUCAGUAACCUCUCCAAACUCCACUGUCUUGAUCUCUCUUUCAAUCAAUUGUCCGGGAGAAUCCCACCAGAAAUCAGUAUCUUGAGAAAUCUUAUCCAUCUCUAUCUCUAUGAUAAUAAACUUUCUAGUUUGAUUCCCAAGGAGAUAGGGAACUUGAAAUCUCUUGUAGAUCGAGAUUUGUCCAACAACAGUGUAAGUGGUCUCAUCCCUCCAGAUAUUGGUAACUUAAUAAACCUAAACACUUUGUACUUGGCUUCCAAUCAACUUUCUGGUUUGAUUCCCAAGGAGAUAGGGAACUUGAAAUCUCUUGUAGAUCGAGAUUUGUCCAACAACAGUGUAAGUGGUCUCAUCCCUCCAGAUAUUGGUAACUUAAUAAACCUAAACACUUUGUACUUGGCUUCCAAUCAACUUUCUGGUUUGAUUCCCAAGGAGAUAGGGAACUUGAAAUCUCUUGUAGAUCGAGAUUUGUCCAACAACAGUGUAAGUGGUCUCAUCCCUCCAGAUAUUGGUAACUUAAUAAACCUAAACACUUUGUACUUGGCUUCCAAUCAACUUUCUGGUUUGAUUCCCAAGGAGAUAGGGAACUUGAAAUCUCUUGUAGAUCGAGAUUUGUCCAACAACAGUGUAAGUGGUCUCAUCCCUCCAGAUAUUGGUAACUUAAUAAACCUAAACACUUUGUACUUGGCUUCCAAUCAACUUUCUGGUUUGAUUCCCAAGGAGAUAGGGAACUUGAAAUCUCUUGUAGAUCGAGAUUUGUCCAACAACAGUGUAAGUGGUCUCAUCCCUCCAGAUAUUGGUAACUUAAUAAACCUAAACACUUUGUACUUGGCUUCCAAUCAACUUUCUGGUUUGAUUCCCAAGGAGAUAGGGAACUUGAAAUCUCUUGUAGAUCGAGAUUUGUCCAACAACAGUGUAAGUGGUCUCAUCCCUCCAGAUAUUGGUAACUUAAUAAACCUAAACACUUUGUACUUGGCUUCCAAUCAACUUUCUGGUUUGAUUCCCAAGGAGAUAGGGAACUUGAAAUCUCUUGUAGAUCGAGAUUUGUCCAACAACAGUGUAAGUGGUCUCAUCCCUCCAGAUAUUGGUAACUUAAUAAACCUAAACACUUUGUACUUGGAUUCCAAUCAACUUUCUGGUUUGAUUCCCAAGAAGAUAGGGAACUUGAAAUCUCUUCAAGAUCUAGAUUUGUCCUACAACAAUUUAAGUGGUCUCAUCCCACCUGAGAUUGGCAACGCAACCCAAAUUCAUGCGCUGGACCUUUCUUCAAAUCAUUUAGUUGGGUUGAUCCCAAAAGAAUUCGGUAAGUUGUCUUCGUUGGUGAAAUUGAUGUUGAAUGGAAAUCAACUUUCGGUUUUGUAUAUCAUUGGAAUUCGGAUCAUUGAAUGA